CCGAAAGCGCCAAUAAAUACAAAAAGGAAAUGUUGAAUAAUGACGAUGGGAAUGCAUGACAGUGCUACCAAUGCUAGGGACGGACAGGAAAAACAUUUUGUUUGACAUCUCCAGAGUAGAAAAGGCUUGUGAGAAACUCAAUUUUUCACUUUUUAAUCUCUGCUUGACUGGUGAACAUCGGGCAGCAAAUCUGAAAAAUAUUAAGAAAAAAAAAUUGCCGGCUUUUUCGUGAAAUAUAUUAAACUGAAUUUUGAUUUCGUUCGUUAAUAGUGCACAUUAUUGUCAGCAAAACAGGAAAUUAUUAACCAGUGAGCAUUUUUUGUGCAAAGUGAAAUAGUUCUUAGUUCAAAGGAAUCCGAAACUAGGAAGAAAUAUUGGCCGAGAAAAGCGCAUCAAGCUAAAAGAGAAAAUUAGACUUUAAUUUCAGAAUGGGCGAUCGUUUUCGCAAACGUCAGCGCCGUGAGUCGGUGGACUCUGUCCCCUGCAAGCGUCGCAGGCAGAGCCAUGUCACCGAAGAUCGUAUUGAAUCUAUUAACAUGUUGAUGGCCAAAUUAGGCAGAUUCAAUAUCGUCGGCGUCUUGCUGCGCAUCCCGCAACUGGAAUUGUUGAUCAGCAAAUGCCUGCCCGACCACAAGGAGCAGGUGCUCAGUAUUCUCAAAAGCUGUGUAAACCGGCCCCCCAGCCACGCCACAGGCUCCUACGCCACCAUUGUGGGACUCCUCAACAUCGGCUUUUACCCAAUCAUUGCCGAGUUUCUCGGCGCCUUGUUGCAAUCCCUCCGGAAAGCACUCGUCCAUGGCAAGUGGGAGAAUGCGCGCGGCCUGCUGCACUUCUUCACCGAACUAUACAACUGCAACGUCAUCAACGGCUCCUCGAUAUUACGUCUGUACCUGACCUUCGCCCUGCAUUGUGUGUCAGACGAAAUGGACGGCAUUGUUCCGCAGCUUCGUAGCGAUUUCUUUGCGUACAGUGUGAUCACUGCAUUGCCUCUGAUCGGGCGCGAUCUACAGCUGAGGGGUCAAUCCUUUGAUCAUCUGAUCACCACACUGCAUAUCUAUAUGCGGAAGCGCACCCACUCACAUGGCGCCCUGCUCAGCAUAUUCGAAGGCACUGACCACCAGGAGGACUACCUGGACACAUACUGGAGGCAGAUCGUUCAAUUACGUCAAAACAACUGGCUGAAGCAUGGCAGAAUGCGUCCAUCCAUGCACUACGAAACAAGACUGAGUACUUCCCUGCAGCACGAUCUGCCGGAUAUGGAAAUGCCGGAGAUUAAUCUGGUGCUCGCGUACCCGCGUCCCUGGGUGGUCUUCCGCAUUUUCGACUUCGAUCAGCUGGACAUUGAGCUGUCCACUGGCACUGAACGCUACUUUCUCGAGUGCGAGAUACUUGAGCUUUUCGAGCAAACCUAUUUGGAUCGGAAGGUCUGCGCCGACAGUCUAGUGAAUUUCAUGGAACGAAAUUCCAAUUCCGAUUUCGUCGCUCACUGCAUCGUGGAGGUCAUCCUCGGACAGAUGCUGGCGCUGCCAAAGUCGCCGCUGAUCACCUUGAGCUACGGCAGCAUCCUGGUGGAGAUGUGCAAGCGCCGUCCCGACCUUAUGCACAAGGUGAUCGCCGAGGCCACAUUGGUUAUCAUCACGAAGAUGAGCUCUUUGCGUGUGGCCUGCUUCAAUCGGCUGAUCAACUGGCUGUCCCACUACAUGAGUAACUUUCGCUUCGCCGCUGGCUGGCGACACUGGGAGUCUUUCUUCUUGGAGUCUAGUAUCGAUUGUGAGCUCAACCCCCGUGCGAUUUUCAUGCGGGAGCUGCUCAAGAAAUGCGUUCGAUUGAACUUUUACGAAGGUAUUCGCCAGAUCGUGCCGGUCUCGCUCCAUAAGUACAUGCCGCCAGUACCGGAAGCUCACUUCCCGUAUUCCGAUGGCGCGAUGCCCGGCGCCCAGCUGGCCCACGAAAUAAAUAAGGAGAUGCAACUGAGGCGCAAAAAACCGGAGAUCAUAGAGGGAAUAAUGGCACGCAGCGACCUGGACAAGCAGCUUAAGAUCCACGUGUUGACCACGUGUGUCCUCCGAAUGGGCUGCGCAUCAUUCACUCACACAUUUGCCGCCCUCCAAUCCAUAAAAACAACGCUCUCGGCUUUAGCCUCGAGCGAGACGGACAGCCACGCCAUCAUGGCCGGACUGUUCGACGUGUGGGUCGCCAAUGAACAGUUCCAGUACGUGGUGGCCGAGAAGCUGCUGAGAAUGAAUAUCGUUAAUGCCAUGUACAUAGUGUCCUGGAUCUUUACGCCGAGGCUAAAAAAGGACCUAACCAAAAUGUAUUUAUGGGAGCUGCUUUACGCGGUUCUGCGCCACAUCAAGAAUCCCGAACGAGGUAUGAUCAUUGUAGACGACGAAAUUGAGCAAAGCAAAGCACUCAAGAAUCUCAUGGUGGACGCUGUUCAGCGCAUUAUCAAGGUACUGAAUGUUUCAUUCGAAGAAAAUAAGACGUCCGUCCACAAUCUGGACAAUGAUUAUUGGUUCCAAAUGGAUGCUGGGCAGACUGGAAGACUUUCUGUUUGUUCAUUUCGAGGACUUAGACAUAAUCAAGAGUCGGCUAAUCAAGAUGUGCGAGCAUCCAGAUAUGUGUGUGCCCGUGGUCAAGACUAUUCAACGUUUUCUCACCCUCUGCUUGAAAUCAAAACCCGAGCCUGAAAUAGCUCCAUAAUGUAAACAUUCUUCUUUCGGCUUGCACUGUUUUUCAAAAUCCUUUUCUACUCAUAUGAUUUACUCAGUUUUGCCAUGUAAUUUCCUCGGAAACAUCCACUAAAUCAGAGCAAGCAU